CCUAUUCGAUAAAACCUGGCUUGUUUGUUCACUUAAGCCUGACACCCCCCUGAAUCAAAGUCAAUCAGAGUUGGGGAGAUUUGGUUGGUUAAGUCAAAUAUCCGGAAGAUCUCUGACAUGACGAAGUCAACGGCAUUAGAAGCACAGUUCCCAUCUUUGGCAGAUCACCAAGAGCGGCCUACACGUGUAGUUUUGUAUGCGCUCUGUCUUAUUACUCAUUCGUGUGCCAGAGUAGGUGCGAGACACAGGUCUAUGCGCGAGACUACAUGUGGAAUAGGCGAUAUGUUUUAUCAUAACGGAACAAACGAUUGAGGUUCUGGUAAGUGUCAACGAAACCCACCCCGGAACUGAUCGUAAUCUCACCUUGAGCAGCAGAGGAAUGCAAUCAAAACCGCCAUUCACUGCUAACCCGUGUACAAGUCAACGGUGGGGACGUACCCCACCAAGCAUGUACCCCUCACCUCGGUGAACAGACCACCACAAGAUCGGCUCGGUAGCGGACCGUCACUGCAGCUCCCCUCCACACCGUUACGAAAAAUCGCGAGUUCCUGCAAACACCAGAUGAUGCGCUAACGGCAACAUCUGCUAAUUCUCACAAUGUCUGUUGAGGGCAAGAAGCUGGAGACGGCUGGCAAGGAUGCCACGCCCAGCAACCCUCGAGGUAUCCCUAAGGCGCCAUUUGUCGACAAGGUUGAGGACUACGUCACCACCCGCGAAGAUGUCGAACCGACUAUGCGCAACUUCCAGGAGAUGAUCUCGAAAUACCAGUUUAUGGAGCUUAAUCUUCAGAAGAGGAUGGCAGGACUGAAGGACAAGAUCCCCGAUAUUCAGAAGACGCUCGACUCUGUGCGGUUCCUAAAGCUUAGACAGGGCGAUGAUGAACCGAUCGAGACGACCUUCGAGCUCAACGACACGCUAUACUCCAAGGCGAAGAUCCCGCCCACUGAGGAGGUGUACAUCUGGCUCGGUGCCAACGUCAUGCUGUCGUACCCCGUCGAUGAAGCUGAGACGCUUCUCGAAUCCAAGUUGUCGACGGCAAAGACAAGCUUAUCCAACUGCGAGGAGGAUCUGGACUUCUUGCGAGAGCAGAUUACGACCAUGGAGGUCGCCAUUGCGAGAGUAUACAACUGGGAAGUCGUCCAAAAGCGCAAAGACAAGGAGGAAGGAAAGGACAUCAAGAAGGAAGAGGGCGAUGGCAAGGCAAACGGCUGACUCGAUGCUCGAUACCAAACUAAACAACUCGAUGUUUUUGGAACCUCCACAACAAUGUCUCACUGCACUGCGAUGCAUGAUCCCCCGAAUUGUGUUUGUCCAAGA